AUGUCCUGCCCCGUGGAAGAGAUUGUCAAAACCUAUGAAGAUGAUCCAACAAUAGUACAACGCAUCGCAACGCGCAAGACUAAACUUCCGCUCGCGAUCGAGCCCCCAAACCCGGCUUGGCCCGAACACUUUGAGUUCCUCAAGGCCCGCAUAAUCGGCGCCAUCGGCCCCACGGCCGUGAGCAUCUCCCACGUCGGCUCAACCUCCGUCCCGAACCUCCCUGCCAAGGCCGUCAUCGACAUUGACCUGGCGGUUGCGAACCCAACGGCUGAAGAUGAGUACGCUCCUGCACUGGAGGCCGCCGGCUUUCAGUUCCUCCUUCGCGAGCCUGAGUGGCAUGAGCACCGCUUCUUCGCGAUGAGCGAGCCGUACUUCUGCAACCUGCAUGUCUUCAAAGUCGGCACGGCGGAGAUGGCGAGGCACUUGAUCAUGAAAGAAUGGCUCACGGCGCACGAGGAUGACAAGGAGUUGUAUGCGCGGGCCAAGGUUGAUGCUGCGGGGGUGAGUAACGGGCUGGGUGAGACGGUGGUGGAGUACAAUUUCCGGAAGGAGAAUGUCAUUCGGGAGAUUCUCGAAAGGGCUUUCCGGGCAAGGGGGUACCUUCCCGAUGUCGAGAAGUGA